AUGUUGGUUAUACAAAUAAUCGAUCGCGAGAAAGCUCCAUUGCCUAUCCUCGCUUGUCGAUCUGAAUUUUAUCAACGCCUCGAACGCGAACGUGUUCUGAUUGUGACAGCCGAAACGGGCAGCGGAGUAUCGGUGGGUGAAUCUGUCGGGCAUCAAGUAGGCAACGGAAAUGGAGUGCGAGGAAAUGGUAUUAUGUUCAUGACUGAUGCUGCACUUAUUCGUGAGAGUCAGCAUGAUUCUCAUUUAAAACAUGUUCGUAUUCUUAUUAUUGACGAGGCUCAUGAGCGCUCUUUAAACACAGAUAUAAUCAUCAGUAUUUCGAAACUUCUACUUGCACAACGUCCGGAUGACUUCUAUGUUGUUAUCGCUUCAGCUACGAUCGAUCCUGCUCGUUUUCUUCAAUUCUUCGAUCGGUCGGCGAGCGCACCCCUCGAUGUGAAAGGACGAGUUUUCCCUGUUACAACGAUUAACAAGCCACCACCUCCUAAUAACUCAGAUCAACGACUCAUCGAAUCACAUAUUAUUCCCACAGUUGUCGAACUCUACCCUCGUCAUCACAUACUUGUCUUUCUUCAUGGUCAAGGGGAAAUUGAAAGAGCACUCGAAACAUUCAAAUCCAAACUUUCCGAUAACUGUAUCGCUUUUCCACUCUACGGAUCACAGUCGCCAGAAGAUCAAGAGAAAGUAUUGAAAUUUAAUGAAGCGGCGAAACGAAUGGUCGUGUUCUGCACAAAUGUAGCCGAAACAUCACUGACUAUUCCAAACGUCUGGUUAGGUGUCGAUUCAGGCUUGGCCAAAGAAGCUCGUUUUAACGUCUAA